UUAGCACAUUUUUGCCGUCUAACCACUGCUUAGCGAAGUGAAGUUUCGCUGUCAAUCCCAAUCAGCUGUUUGGUUGCGAAAUACCGCUAUGAGGAGGACAAUGCCCGAUAUAAACAGAACUGCUGCUAUACAAACACUUACUUGCAACGGGACAAAGAGCGACAGUGCUGCCUGGUGUCGUUGAUCUCUGGUGUGUGUGUUCUUGCCUCAAUUCAACAGCCCCCAGCACGACGAUGAUGGAACGCAAGCUUACCAUCCUGUACGGCAGCCAGUCCGGCACGGCGCAAGAUCUGGCCGAACAGAUAUGGCGCGAAUCGAAGAUGUUCUUCUUCCGCGGGAACGUUCUUCCGAUGGACGAGUACGACGUUUCGGAGCUGAUCGGAGAACGGUUUGUGGUGUGCGUCUGUUCCACCUACGGCCAGGGCGAGGAGCCUGACAACAUGAAGCGCUUCUGGAAGUUUCUGCUCCGCAAAAGCUUGCCCAACGAUUCCCUGCAGCAGGUACACUUUGCCGUCCUCGGACUCGGCGAUUCGCGCUACCCGAAGUUCAACUACGUGGCGAAGAAGCUACACAAACGUCUGCUGCAGCUCGGCGGAAGUGCACUGCUGCCGGUUGGGCUGUGCGACGAUCAGCACGAUCUCGGAUAUGGGGCCGUUUUUCUGCCCUGGAUCAAUCAGCUGUGGGAUGAGCUGGGACGUAUUGUGCCACUGUCGGCCGGAACGCACAAGCUGCCCGAAAGCCCUCGUGAGUUCCGAUGGCAGGUGGACAUUGCAAAUGAAGGGCAUAUAACGAAGGACAUUAGUCCGGACGGCAUCGACCUGUAUGCGGACGUAAAAAUGCCCAACGGAUUCCAAACGGUGGUGGUGGAAAAUCGACGAACAACGGCAGCGGAACACUUUCAGGACGUUCGGAUGAUAACGUUCGAGAAGAAGGCGGUGCCUUGGUGUUCGGGCGAUGUGCUAUAUGUGAGGCCGCACAAUUCGAAAGAGAGCGUAGACCAGCUGUUUGAAAUAUUCCAACAGCACGAUUUCGGCCUGGACAAGCAGACAUGUGUGCAAGUGAAAGCCAUUGAUUCCGAAAUGCCGGUACCAUCAAUUCUUCAAAAGCCCCUACCGCUGGUUGCCAUUGCGGAACAGUACUGGGAUUUAACGGCCAUACCACGUGCUAGGGCAUUUGCCGUGUUGGCCAAAAACUGCUCCAACGAGCUAGAGCGCGAGAAGUUGAUCGAGUUCAGCCGUUACGAAGGUCAGGAGGAACUGUUCGCGUACGCUAACCGACCGAGAAGGACGAUUUUAGAGGUGCUGUUGGAUUUUCCACACGCUACCAAAAGUCUCACGCUAGAGGCACUGUUUGAGCUAUUUCAACCUAUCAAACCGAGGGCAUUUUCAAUCGCCUCCGCCAUGAAAAGUGGUAAGCUGCAAAUCCUGGUUGCCGUGAUCGAGUACAAGACAAAGCUGAGCGUUCCGCGGCGUGGAUUGUGUUCACACUGGUUAAAAGAUCUGCAACCUGGAAAUAUGGUAAAUGCAUGGGUACGAAAGAGCACAUUCCAACUUCCGGCCGAUAAUAAAACUCCUUUGGUGAUGAUCGGUCCAGGUACGGGUCUGGCACCGUUCCGGGGCAUUCUUCAGGAAAGAGAGCUGUCCGAAACACCUACAUCGGCACCGUUGGUACUGUUUUUUGGGUGCCGCAGCUCGACUGCCGACUUUCACUGCGAGGAGGAUCUGAAACGCAUGGAACAGAGUGGCAUGCUGCAGUUAUUUUGUGCAUUUUCUCGCGAUCAGCCGGAGAAGGUUUACGUGCAGCAUCUCAUAAAGAAGGAGGGUAUGUUGUUGAAAAAACUGCUGAUAGAGAACGGUGGAUACGUGCUCGUUUCGGGCAGCUCGAAAAACAUGCCUCAAGCGGUAAAGGAAGCCUUGAUAGAAGCUAUCGGUGAUGCACAGCACAUAGAUAAGAUGAUACAAACGAAUCGUUAUCAGGAAGAGACAUGGGCAUAAGCUCACUUUUCAAUAAACACUGGACGGAACUACUAGAUAAAUGGAAACAAA